UUGACUGAUAACACCAUGUAAUGACUAGAUCUGAAAGUAGAAGAAAAGUGGUCCACUUAUUAAUAACUAGGAUAGGUUGCUAGACAAGUAUAUAUAAUCCAACUAAAACGUUUUGAAUUUACGUCUAAUGAAACCUUAUGAUCUGAGGGCAUACAUGUAAAUUCCUUUUUUUUUUUUUUGAUGACUUAUGAAAUAAGGUAGAUGCAGGUAUGAGUAAGUGUGUUUACAUUUUCGAAACUUUCCAUCGAAGACAUAGUAUUGGAUACUUCAAUUUCCGAUGAAAUCUCAUAUUUUGAGUAUUUGUGUUGCGAAAUGCAAGAACUGGCUGUUCACGGUGUCAAAUUUGAUCUCUUCUCGAGAAUGGCUUGGGUUGCAUGAGGUCAUGUUUUUGAGCUUACUUUUUCUUCUUUGUUAUUUUUAUUUUACAGAGUAGCAAUAAAUAAAUUAAAAAAAUACCAACGGUAUCAAGAGCCAGAACAUUAUUAAUACAGUCACCAAAUUUGCUGCUGGGGAAAUAACACGUAAACCUGCUUGAUCUGACUGGCAGCAAAAUAGUUUAGGCUUAAGCUUUUUUCCCAACAGGGUAAACAAUAAAUUAAGUCUUUAAAAUGCUAACUGUGUGUGUGUGUUUAGCAUUUAAUAGCUUUUUCUGAGCACCUCGAUAGAGGAGGCAGGUCUCAUUUGCAUGUGCAAGCAAGUGCUCAUCCAUCCCCAAACACAAACAAUGGAGAAGUCGUUAAAGAAACAGUUUGUCCCAGCGAAGCAAAAACCUUAAAACCGGUAGUUUGUCGCAUUAUUUCGAUCAGAGCAUCCUACCCCCCACCCCCUCCCUCUCUCUCUCUCUCUCUCUCUCUCUCUCUCUCUCUCUCUCCCUCUCAAGGAUUGCUGAUCUCUCCUUGAGCAGGUUGCAGAGAUGGGGCUCUGCUCUUUAACACAUCAGAUCGACGCUUUAAACAUCCUCAAUGAACUGCAAGCUCACGCGACGGCCAUAAAUAGAGAUGGCGAGGGUCCGUGUUCAGGUGCUGUACCGGGCGACGUGAUGAAGGAGCCCCGCAGGCUGAAGACGAUCGCGGAGAGAGCGCGAGAGAGCUGCAUCACGCGACUGCUCGAGAUUCUCACGCGCCUCAUUUCUAUAGAGGAAGACUUCAUUAAAGACGCGUCUUACGGAAGGAGAUUGCUUAAGCGUAAGGACAGUGUUGACCUGAAGAACAUAUGCUUGAGAAUGGCUGUUGCAGAAGGGGGUUCUCACUCGGACAGAGACUUGAGGGAACUUCGGGACUGUCUUCGACUUAUUGUGGGUAACCUACUCACAUUUGUGCGAGAGGAAAACAAUCUCUCGUCCACUGAAACAACUCUCAAACUGAGGGAGCUUUCAAACUCCUUCCCUGAUAUCUGAAAAUUAGUAGAUUUCACUUUGUGAAUUUCUAAGGAACAUCCUCAGAGGAAAUCUAAAUAAACAGACACUUCUUUUUUUUCUAAGGAAAUAUAAAAAGCCAUGAACUAUCUGUAAUCAUCUGUCAUAUUUGCUAAGUGUCAUGCUUCACAUUCUAGUUGAAGGUGUUGAUCUUCACGAGGAGUGUUUUGUCAUGAACGCUGUCUGUAGAAUUGUCAGUACUCAAGCCUAAGAACAACAUUCUCUCGCACAUAUCAGUAUCAUGUGUCUGUGCUCAGCUGACUACAAGUAAAACAAGUCCAGUAGAUGAUGAUGGUGGUGAAUCCACUCUCAGCUCAGCGGGUGGGAUGGCUGUCACACCUCGGGGUGGGCUGGUGUGGCCGCCCUUUGUCACCUGCUUAAAAGAAAGUGUUAAGGAGUGAACUGGGUGGGGAGGGUGUGUGAAGAUAUGCAUCUGUAUGUGUGCAUUGCAGUGUUAUGACAUCACAGUGUAACGAUGUACCAAAUAAAAUCAAUGUCAGUGUUACAACAAA